AUGCUGAAAAUUGCGAUUGCCUCCUCGAGUGAUUUGCUUGGCCGCGAUAGCGCGGCGGGGCCUCUGACGAUUGAGGAUCCAGACGCCUUUGAUCCACCAGUUGCGGCGGCUGCUCGAGAUGCUGCUGCAGCUGCUGACGGUGCAUUCUGGAGCCCUUCAGGGGCACUGAUGUGCCCGGGCCUGAAGCACCUAUGUUCCAACAUAGAGGGCGAUGUUUUGAGAAAGCUCGCCAACUUCAAGCAGUUCCAGGAGCAGCUCAAGGCGGCGAACACGCUGCUCCAUCAGAAGUAUUAUCGCGACCGAUUGAAGGAGCUCUUCAAGUCGCACCCUGCGGAGCAGCUGUUUAAGUAUCACGAUGGAGGCAAUCUUAUCGUCUGGAGAUGGGGCUCGCUGGUUGAAGUGUGCAAAGCGAUGCACAAGCGAGAAGGGGCGCUCCGAUCGAAGUGGAGUCUGCAGAAGUUCCUUGCUGUGCCGCAGUCGUUUUCUGGCGCGGCGGAGGCACACAAUCCGGAAGGCGCCGGCCCCGACGAUGAUGCAGAUCAGUCGCAGCAGCACUUGCGCACGGAGCAUCAACUCCUCCAGCUCGCUGACAAAGCAUGGACUUCGCCCUUCUUUUGGGCAUGCGUGCCACUGGGAUUUGCUUAUGUAAUGCGAGGAGUCUUUGACAGCUUCUUGGAUUCCACCUUGGCUUCAGUGGCUAGCUUUUUUUUGUCUGCGGAGCUGGCCUGGGCGAAGGGAGUCCUGAAUGGAACGCUUUGGCAUCGGUCGGCAGCACGAAAGUUUAUCGACAAAUACGAGUCAUCAAGCACGGAUCCUCUUACAGCUUUCGCCAAAAGGCCAUUUCUGGACGACUUCCUGGCCGGAGCAAGCCUCGGCGAUCCUGAGAUGACUCCGUUGCGUCAAUGGCUUGGUGCUCUGCGCUUGGUGCGAAUUGUCGAGCGGGCCACCGAA